GUUGGAAGGUUGAUGUACAGAGGGCGACGAUUUUUCUAUCAUUUAUUUGUUGUAUUUUAAGCAUCAUGGACCUGUCAACUUACUGCAAAGCUUUGCCAAAAAUUGAAUUACAUGCUCAUUUGAAUGGAUCAGUUGGUACAGAGACACUGAGAAAGCUGCAAAAAAUUCAAAACAAUCCUGUCAAUGAUCAGCUAAUUUCAGAGAUAAAAAAUUUUAAAACAUUAAAAGAAUGCUUCAGGGUAUUUAAAAUUGUUCAUGAUUUGACUGACACAAUUGAGGCUGUGUAUUUAGCAACAUGUGAUGUUAUCAAAGAUUUCCAUGAUGAUAAUGUAAUUUAUCUUGAGUUGAGAACAACACCACGUGCAGUUAAUGGAAAAAUGACUAAAAAUGAAUAUAUAAAAACUAUUAUAAAAGCUAUUGAGGACACAUCAAAAGUUUUAAGUGGAAUAAUAGUAAAACUUUUGAUAUCAGUUGAUCGAAAGCAGGGCUCUUUAAAUGCAGAUGAGAAUAUAAAAUUAGCAAUAAAGUUUCAUGAAGAGUAUCCUAAGUGUGUCGUUGGAAUUGAUCUCAGUGGAGAUCCAGAAGAGGGUGAAGCUUGUAUUAAAUUAUUUCAAGAUUGUCGUAAAGUAGGCUUAAAAAUAGCAGCUCAUUGUGCUGAGGUACCAAAUGAAAAUGAGAUUGUUGAUAUUUUAAAUUUCAAACCAAAUAGGCUAGGACAUGGUACUUGUAUUCAUAAAAAUUUAGGAGGAUCUGAUGAAUUAUAUAAUAAGCUUUUAUCAUCAAAAAUACCAGUUGAGCUAUGUUUGACGUCAAAUGUUAAAUGUGCAACGGUGCCAUCAUACUCAGAACAUCACUUGGGAUAUUUACUCAAAGACAAACAUCCAAUAUGUCUUGGUACUGAUGAUAAAGCAGUUUUCAAUGUAACUUUAUCUGGAGAAUAUGAAUUGGCUGCCAAGUAUUUUUCCUUGUCCAACAAAGAUUUGUUGGAUUUAUCAAUGAAUGCUGUUGAAUACUGUUUCGCCAAUGAUGAAGAAAAAACAUUUCUUAAAAAUAAAAUAAAUAAAUUUGGCUUUGAUAAUUUAUACUAAACAUAGCCAAUAAAUUUUUAUUAAUUUUUUAUA